AGCUUUUUCAAAAAUAUAUAUUAUUUGAAUCGUGCGAUGAAUCAUCAAAUAUUUAUCUAAUUACCCCGGGUUAGUUGAGCGCAUGUCCGUGUGUGCGCGUAUGUAUAGAAUGAGCACCCUGCUGCCCGCUACAGUGCGCGCAACACCUGCCCAAAACUGCGCUCAGUCGUCAAACUGCGCGCGAACAGGAAAUUUGACCGUGAAUCACAGCCCCGCAAUCCUUUUAAAAUCAAUUUAGGCAAAAAUGAACGGUUCUGGCGCCGGGAUGGCGCCUCGCCUUUAUUGUGCUUAAAUUGAAAGUUUGGAUUUUAUACGACUUAAAAAAACUGAGGAGAGAGGGUUGUGAAAAAUACCAGUCAAAGUCCUUUUAGACCAGUUAUAACGUGAAUACAACAGUAAAAAUAGUUUUAAUAAAACUAAAGUGAAACAGUGAUUUUGUUAAUGUAUAGGUUAAUCUACUACUAAUAGAAUUCAACAGGAUGGAUUCAAAAAUAGGAUUGGAUUAUAUUGUUGAGAAUAAAGAAUAUUCUACUAAACUUGGAUCAGCCCUUGACACGAGUAGUGACCAGGUGAAAAAACAGGUUUUUGAACUCCUCUCCGCGCUCUGCGUGUACAAUGCCGAGGGGUACAACAGGGCUCUACAGUCACUAGAUCAUUAUAAAGUUUUUAAAUCAAAACGCUAUCGGUUCAGUUUGGUUGUAGAAGAACUUAAUUCUGCCAAAACCAAUGAGUACAGAACUGUGUUGUUUGCGUUUAUAAACUGUCUGGUGAUAUCUACCCCAGAACUGAAGGAACGGAACAGAAUUAGAAAUGAAUUUAUAGGAUUAAAGUUACUUGAAAUCAUCAGAGAUCUGAAGAAGAAUGCUCCAGAUCCAGAUCUCAAGGUUCAGCUUGAUGUUUUCGAGGAGCAAAGAGAGAGCGAUGAAUCUCAAUCUGCAGGACCCCAUGAUGUAGAUCUAUCCUGCCACCUAGAUGUAUUCUAUACAGUUUAUAAACGGGUUCAAGAUACACCUCAGGAGAUUCCAUUUCUAUCAAUCCUUCAACAUUUACUCAGGAUUGACCCUAAAGAAGCUGUAAGUGAUAUUAUCUGGGAUACUGCAGAAACUCUGGUGCAUCGUGCUACUCUCAUGGAAACACAGUCUGAUAGUGAUAGAUUACUCCGAGCACCAAGCCAGCAUAAAUCACUUCAUCGAUUGAAAAGUAUGGAGGGAGGAUUGAGAGCUGAAUAUAGAAAACAAAGUUUAGAAGCUCAACAAGAUGCUUCUCCUCCUCCUCCCCCACCAUCAGGUUUUGCACCUCCCCCUAUAUCCCUACCACAGCUAGAAACUCCUAAACCUAAAAACAAGAUGAAAACCUUCAACUGGAGUAAACUGCCCGUUAACAAGAUUUUUGGGAAGAACAAUAUCUGGGCGAAGGUUGCGAAAACUUUUGAGAAGGAUAAGGAAUCCCCCAUAGUUUUUGAUAUCAUUCCUUUCUGUUUUCCAGUAAUCACUUGUAUUUUAGUAUUUCAUAUUUUCAGUUCGAAUGAAGAUAUCAUUGAGAUGAUACUAAGCGGCGAGCAUAAUGAUUUUGGUCCUGAAAAACUGAAAGGACUCAUGAAAAUACUACCGGAACAAGACGAGAUCGAGAUGUUGAAAGCCUACGAUGGAGAUGUGAAAAAGCUUGGGAAUGCAGAAAGAUUUAUUCUUCAACUAAUCCCAAUUAAAAAUUAUCGUUUGCGAAUAGAAAGUAUGCUGCUGAAAUCAGAGUUUGAGGCAAAUAUGAGUUUUCUGGAACCUUCUAUUGAAUCAAUGUUGGCGGCAGGACAAGAAUUGCUGACCAGUCAGAAGCUGCAGUCCUUACUGUACAUGGUUCUUAAAGCGGGAAACUUUCUAAAUUCGGGUGGGUAUGCUGGAAAUGCUGCUGGGAUGAAGAUAUCUUCUCUACAUAAACUAACAGAUAUAAGAUCUAACAAGCCUGGGCUUCAUCUACUUCACUAUGUAGCUGGACAGAUAGAAGUAACACAACCUGAUCUUCUUACAAUUAUUGAUGAUCUUACAAUACUAGAGGAAGCAAGCAAAUGGAUCCCAUGUCAGUACUCUGAGAAGGAGGUUGAAUGCCUGCAGGACGCAAUGUCUGACCUGACCAAGAUGCAGACCAACCUUGCAGAGUUCUUCUGCGAGGAUGCCGCAACCUUCAGGAUUGAGGAGUGCUUCAGAGCCUUUCAUCAGUUCAAUACCAGUUUUAAAACUGCAGUACAGGAGAAUGAAAAGCGCAAAGAGCUGGAGAGAACAGCGGAACAAAGACGACUGGUCAGAGAAAUGGAACAGGCGAAGCGCAGAUCCGGAUCUUAUUCAGGAGGAGGGAAGGAGGAGGGGAAGGAUGAGGAUGGUGAGGACGGGAUCGUGAUGAAUAACUUGAUCCAUGAUAUAAAAGAGGGAUUCAUUCAUCGUCGUCUCCCAGAUGGAGGAUUUAAGCAACAAUAUUCUCCUCUGGUGAUGAGAAAGUUCAAAAAGUCUCUGGAUUCCCAGCUUUCCCAGGUGAGUACUGGGUCAGGGACGUCUGCUGGAAAAGAUAAUGAAGAGGACACAACUACACCUUACGGAACUCCCAAAACUGGCCGUAGAGGAAGAGGAGGCUCAUUUAGUGGUCAAGGUGCAGGAGAAGGGGAGUUGUUGAAUUCCCCGGGGAUGAGACGAAGACGAUCUCGAGUUCAGAGCGAGGAAGACGACAAACUUAUCCAUUACCUCGUGGCUGGCGGCCAUGAUGGAAACCGGGAAAGAAAUUUAAGCGUCGGGAAUGUCGCUGAACAGUCCGGAUAUGGUUCUCUUGACCGUGGUCUUAUGAGGAGAUCACGAGGCAGGAAGAGACCUGAGCUCCUAGCCGCAGAGCUGGACAGAGAUAGGUCUGCUCCUCAGCCCUCUAGUGGAAAGGAGGUGGAGGACAAGAGGACGCAGGAGGAGAAGAUGGAGGACCCCAAGACGAAGGAGAUCAAGAGAAGAGUAGAGUCCUGGCUCAAGGACAGCGAAGAAGACGCAAAUAAGGCUGGAGAAUAUUUGGACAAAAAAAGAGAGAAGAAAACUCUAACUCUGAGAGGUUCUAACUCAGAUCUUAGAAACGGUAAAAGUUUGGGCACCCUGCAUGAAGAUAAACCUCUGGACGCGAGAUCAAUUGUUGCAAAAACAGAUGUUAUCAGCGCCAUGGAGGCUAUAGAAGGUGAGUCCAUGCAAGACAAGCAGUCCCGUAAGAAGACUCCUCCCCUAGGGCAGAAAGAAGAGGAAAGAAAGAAAGCUUUGAUCAGGAGCUUGGGCAGACGACCCUCUGAGGAUAAGGUGUCUCUGUAUGUCCGAAAGGGGAGCAAUGAUAUCACUAAAACAGAAGAUGCGGUUAAACUCCGUGAGAAAAAGGAUGUUGGGAAGAAAAAUCAGUUUUUGGAAGACAUGGCAAGAAAGUCAUUGGAGGUCCCAACAGAUUUCUUAGAUAAACUUGGUAACGAUGAGAAAAGCAAAAAAGUUGAUGAUAUUAUUCCUAAGAAAUACCCAUUUAACCGUACAACCACCCCUAACACCCUGAGGGAACACCUGAAGGAGACACUGGCAAAGAAUCUUGGAUCUUGUACUGACCUAGCAGAUACCAUACAUGCACUUCAGGAUGAUGAAAUAUUGGAUACAUUUAACAUAGACAGUGAGAAUAUUGAAACACCACCAAUUCAAAGAAGGGCAUUCAGACAUAAAAGCUUGCGACUUCCAAGCCAGGACAAUGAUAAUGAAAGUGAUAUUGGUAGUGACUUUGCCAGUCGGAGAAAGAAUCACAAGUUCAGAACUUUGGCUGGAGAUGGUAAGCCCCUGGGAGACAGAGAGCUUGUGAUCAAGAAAAAGAAGGAAUCCAACACUGAUUUGUCAGAAGGACGAAGAGCUGCAACAGAUCUUGAAGAUGAUUUGGGUUCAGGAUUGUUUGACAGAUUUUCCUCUGCUCGGAAAACUUUAGGACGAAACUCAACACGAAGGAAAAAUGAAGAGGAUGAAAUCAGUUUGGAUGAUUCAGAGAAAAAACAGAAAGGAGAUAACUGGAGAGCUAAGAUUGCCAACAAGUUUAGAAAAAGCUCAGACUCAUAUGAUUUUGUUGAAGCGGAGAAAGGGCAGCAACUGAGAGAAUAUUUGGGACAAGUCACUCCAAUGUCGGAACCCAUUCGACGAAAACCCUUAAAUCUGGACAGUAAUAUAACCUCUGAAGCCAAUAAUUCAUUAGAUAGAAAUAACAGAACACAGAGCAGAGUUGAACUUGAACGAGAAGCAAAGAAUAGACUUGACUCUAAAUCUAGAACAAACAGUAGGCAAGAAUCAAAACUAAGUUCAGAUAGAAAAAGCUCUUAUAUAAUGCCCGGUGACUAUGACUCAGCCUUAGUGGAUGGUAAAUAUGUGACAUCUGUCCCCAUAAUAAAUGUGGAGGAGGUAACAGAACCAGAUUCAGGCAAUAUUAGGCCUGGUCACUCCCUUAAAGAUCUUAAAAAGCCGGACAAUCGUAGGAAUUCACUAAUUGAACGAUUGUCAAGAACUGGAUCAACGCCUCGUGAUACUCCUAAAACAUCAGGAUCAAAUGUGUUUGAUCGAUUAGCUGGAGGAGGGAAGUCUGGAAGUCGAACUAGUCUAUCAAGUUCUAGACCUAGCUUAACUAAUGAUACAAGAGCAUCAACAUCUAGUCUAACAGGAAGAGGAACCGUAAGAUCUACCAACAAUGCUGGAGACAAAUCCAAAGGUACUUUUAAUAUCAUUCGAGAUAUAUCAAAGAAUCUGAGAAAGGGGAAGGAAGAUAGUGGACCAGACAAUUCAUCAACAGUUGUUCGACCAAGGAACAGUCAAACAUUGUUCUCUUCAUCUGAUCGGAAACCAAUGAGCAACUUAAAUGGUGGAAGCCGUGUUAGCAUUAACUCUUCAACAAGAUCUAUUAACAAAGCUUCUACAGGUAGGGAAUCUCCCAAGCUUGGUAGAACACCCAUAUCAUCCACGAUUAGAACCACAUCAAAACCGUCCACAACCUCAUCAAUAAGAAGUACCAGGCCUACUACAAAUCUUAACAAUAAUGUGAGGAAUGGCACUAAUAAUAAACCUACAUUUACUAGAGCUACAAGCUCUAAAGAGAACCUGAGUAGAUCAAGUUCAAGUGCUUCAAGAAGCUCUGUGACUAACAGCAAUGGUAUGUCACGUAACGGCUCACUAAAAACCGGAGUCACGGCUUCAGGCUCUAUCCCUGCCACUGCUCGUAACAACACUACAACACGAGGCUCUAGCACACUUCCUGCUACAAGGCGUGUUGCUCAAAACACCGGAAUGAGUUUCAUGAAACCUACAACCGCCAGCGCUAAGAAAGUUCUUGGACCAACUAGCAGUACAGAUUCUCUUCGUCGUGGGGUGAAACCUGCCGCUAUAUCAACCGUUUCCACUUCAAGCAGAGUAUCAAUGAUGGCAGGAAAACCAACACGACGCUAAAGUAGUCUGAUUGGAUACAGGACGAUCAAGAUGGUUAAAUACAAAUAUUUACGUAUUUAGAUAUUUUCUGUGAUAAACCUAUAUAGCGACAUCAUUGCUUUUUCAUUUUUUUUCGCCUUGAUACAUGAAUGGUCUGUUACAUUUACUAACUCAUUUCUUUAACCUGUUGCCAUAUCUAAGAUAUAAAUUAAUAUAGAAAAUAUAUAUGAUAAAAACUAA